UGUGAUAUCGAUUGGUGACAUUUGACAAGACGACGUGGAUUUCUUAAUUAAUGUAAUUUAAUGUAAUAUUUCGAAAUAUUGACAAAAAGAUGAAAGGAGAUUUCACGAUUUAUGUUUUAUUUGCACUUUUAUUUAAAUUUAUAAAAUGUAACAGUGUAAAUAAAUACGCAUUGCUUAUGCCAAAUGUUACAUCAAGUAGGGAGGAAUUGUAUUUGUGUACUCCUGUUAAAGUAGAUCCUUCCCAAAACUAUUAUUUGACAGGUUUUGAACCAAAUGCAAUGGCAGAUGUUCAUCAUAUACUUUUGUAUGGUUGUGGAAAACCUGGUAGUUCAAAAUCAGUAUGGAAUUGUGGAGAAAUGGGACGUGGUAUAAAUAAUAACGAAGAUACAAUCGUUCCCUGUGCAGAAAAUUCUCAGAUAUUAUAUGCCUGGGCCAGAGAUGCUCCAACAUUAAUUUUACCAGAAGGAGUAGGUUUCAAAGUUGGUGGGGACUCCUCGAUUAAAUAUCUAGUUCUGCAGGUCCAUUAUGCACAUACUGCAAAAUUUCAAGAUGUUGGCACUGACAACUCUGGUGUAUUUCUCUAUUACACAUUACGUCCAUUGAAUAAAUUAGCUGGUGUUCUCCUUUUGGGAACUGGAGGUGUUAUACCACCUCGAAGUACAACAUACAUGGAAACAGCUUGCAUAAUAAAAGAGAACAAAACUAUUCAUCCUUUUGCAUAUAGAACCCAUACUCAUUCACUUGGUAAAGUAGUUUCUGGAUAUUUGAUAAAACCAGAUUACACUUGGAUAGAAUUAGGCAAAAGAGAUCCUUUAACACCUCAAAUGUUUUAUCUUAUACAUAAAAAUGUUUCUGUCGAACAAGGUGAUCAAAUAGCAGCCCGUUGUACUAUGCAUAGUACACGCAAUAGUUGGACAUACAUUGGUGCUACUAAAGCUGAUGAAAUGUGCAAUUUUUAUUUGAUGUAUUAUGUUGAAAAUGACGAACCACUAUCUAUGAAAUAUUGUUUUACCAGUGGUCCUCCCAACUAUUAUUGGAAAAAUGCUGGUCUAUUUAAUAUUCCUACUAUAGAGGCAUCUAGUUUAUAAUGUAAUAUCGAUUUUAAGUGUCUCGGUUAAAAAUUGGUACAGAUAUGAAACUGUUAAUCCGGCCGUAUACAGAUGAAUUUCUGAAGUACUUUAUCUAUUUGUUACAAAAUAGAAUUCGUUUUUAGCAAAUGAUAAACUUUCAGAUUUAAGUUGACAUUACUCGCACUUUAUACAGUGUAUUGUGUAUUAUUAUUUAUUACUUUUUGUUAUUAAUAGUUUGUAUACAAGAAAGAGUACUUAAUUAGCUUUAUACAAGUAUACAAUGUACACUAAUGUUUUACAUCUAACUGUAAAGAAAACAAGAUUUUGUAUUAAGCCUACUAUCAAUCAGAAUGUUUCUAAUGUACCUGCCAUUAAUUUCAUAUAGAAGAAAUAUCAUAAAGAAGAAAUAUCUAUUACUCCAGAAAAACUCUAUCUUUUCUAUUAAAAAUCUUUAAUUCAAUAUAAUAUAAUCAACAAAUAUUAACUAAAACUAUGGCAUCAGUGAUAUUUUUUGCCAUAUCUAUGAACCAUAUACAUGCGUUAAUAUAAAUUAUCUUAGUUAAUAUUUUUGAAAAUUCAGCGAUGCUUCGAAAAUUAGAAGAAGAAGACAUCACUAAUAAUUGAACGUGAUUGAAAGUAAAAUAUUUUCACAAUAUAAUACCUAUAUCGUAUUAUGAUUAUGAUGCGAUUUUACUUUAUCUAUAGAUGUAGCAAUUAAAACUUAUUUUGCAAGUUAUACAAAAGAUGCAGAGAUGCAUUUCUAUGAAUAUUCAUUUAAUAAUAUUGUUUCAAUACACUAAUAAAUCAUGCAUAUAUUAUAAAAU